AAUGGCGUCGAGAUUUCAGUGGAAAAGACUGGUGUGUGGUGUUGAGUGGCGUAACUUAUGAGCAAAAGUCUGAUGCUGCCACGGUAGUGGAACUUCAUAAGGAAUACAACUAUCUCGGGAUCGACGUGAUAAGUGUGCUGUGGCGUAAAGGCACUCAUAUUUAGGUGGACCACGCUAGUACAUGGGGCGCCUAAUUUAUGGGAGGCAAAAAAUCUCCUACAUGAACCCACUAGGGCGCUACAUUCAAGUGAUUAGAAACUUUUGUGAUUCUGUGACAUUUGUUUUAGGAGCAGGUGUGGUAGAUCGUAAAUGUCGCUAAUAUAUGAGAAUGUUGUAUAUGGAGCAAAACUAAAUUCUAUUUCCAUCGGUGACUUGGAUUUCUUACGCAGCGACAAUGGACAUUUUACCGUGCUCGUUUAACUGAAAUGCAAGAUUAUAGAUAUCUAACAAAUGCAAACUUAGUGUCACAAGCAGCGUCUAAAGUGAUAUUAACAUACUUUUAUUAGAAAAUAAUACUUUAUCUAACCAAAAGUAAUAAUAAAACUAUGAACCUUUUUCCAUAACAAUUACUAAAAGCAUAGAAAUAAAAAUUUUAGAAUAUGUGAACUAUUUAGAGACCUUAUAUACUUGAGUAAAUCAGAUAAUAAAUAAUAAAAAUAUUUUAAAAUCAAUGUGUGACUAAUAUUUGACAUAUUAGAUCUUUGUAUGAUACCUCAUUCAUGCGCAGAAUAUGAAUGUUCUCUAACAUACAGAAGGUAAAACUCCGGAAUUAAAUACAAAAGUCUAAUUACGGUAAUUUCAAUAUUUUAGGUAUUUAUGAAUAUGAAUUUAAAGUAAAUGUAUAAUACUUGUAGUAUUUCUAAAAAAGAAAAACAUAAAAUUGACGGUGAUAAUAUUCGUUAGAGGAAAAACAAAACAAAGAAUAUUGAACAAAAUUAUUAUAAUACCAACUAAGAAUAUUUUGUGAGUUAAUUGUGUAAAAAAAGCACAAAAUAAUAAGAAAAAAAAUCAGAAAGAAGUUAGGUGAAAACAAGAGUAGUUAUCGAAUACCAACGUGAUUUUUGUUGCCGGAGACAAACUAAAAAAAAAAACAAGUGGUCAAAUGAAAUAAUCGAUCGUAUAUAAAUGUAUCAAUAUUCGAAACAAUGAAGACCAAAAAAGGAGAUUCAGUGGAGACAUCUGUCGUCGAUGUACGAGACGAUUCUGUGAUAUUCAACGUUAGUUUUAAUGCAAUUAAAGUAGGCAUGAUGACAAGAAUGGGACCAGAUCCGUCCUUUAAGGGCUUUGUGGCGAGACAUCACAAAUUUACACUUAUCCUAAUCGAUGACGGUUCUUCCAUUGGUUUUUUCUGCAACAUGGGUAGCAUUUUAUUUCACACCUGGAUUGGAAAUAUGACUGCAGUUAUGUGCACAAAGGUAUUGGCUAGACGACCAAGGAGUAGUUGUGCACUUCCAAAUUUUGUGGUUACAUCUUUAUAUGACAAUUUAGCUAGUACAUAUAUGAUGUGGAGUUAUAUAGCAUAUAUUGAUGGUUACAUAUAUAUAUGUAAAAUUUGCUAUGAUCAUUGCCAUAACGCUAUAAAGAAUGCAUUUGGCAACCUGUUCGAGUGCCGGCCGAAAGUUAUAGCAUCAUGUAGUAGACAAGACAAUGGUGCUACAUCAGACAUUCCAGACUAUGUGCCCUACGAUCGAUUGUGUGCCUGGGUGGCACGUGAGAGACAUUUGCCUAUUAGGCACUUACGUCUGUGUGGUGGCGGCGAGGGUGCGAUUAACGCUAGCGGCUGGGGAAGCCCUUCUGCUGCAGUUACGAGUGCCUCAACCAGUGCUAGUGCUGCGAAUGCCAUCACAGCUUCACCCUCCGUACCAUCCCAUGUCACAUGGAGUGCAACGGCAACCGGAAAAGCGCCAAAAAAUCAAUUGGAACAACUAAAUACGAUGCGAGAAGCGCUGUUUGCACAGGAUGGCUGGGGAUGUCAGCAUGUAAAUCAAGAUACGCAUUGGGAUGUACCCACAUCCCCAGAGCCUGGAACAUCUAAAGUCGAAACCACGCCAACGGUAUCAACUCCACCUGCAUGGAAGACAGCUGUGAAUAAUGGUACGGAUCUUUGGGAAGCUAAUCUACGAAAUGGUGGCCAGCCGGCUCCACAGCCCGUUACUAAAACUCCCUGGGGACAUACGCCAUCUACAAACCUCGGCGGUACAUGGGGCGAAGACGACGAUGCGGCGGAGGGCGGCAAUGUGUGGACAGGCACAUCCGCCGUAGCAUCAGCGACACCCCAAUGGGGUAGCGCGGCAACCAGUGGCUCUAGUGGUGGCAUGUGGCAGCAAUCUGCAGCAGGGUGUGUCCCGAAAAAAGAGGGUGAUUGGAAUAGCGGAGCAGCUGGUACAUGGCAAGAUCCUCGUGAAAUGCGUGGUGCACAAUUAUCGGUUGACCCACGAGAGAUACGUGCUAACAGCGCCGAUCCACGUGAUUUACGUAUCAUAGACCCUCGCGAACAGAUUCGUGACAUGCGUGGUGACCCACGAGGGAUAAGCGGACGACUUAAUGGAGCAUCGGAGAUGUGGGGUCAACAUCACGCUAUGGCAACAGCUGCGGCUGCUGCAGCUGCUGCAGUACAAGUUCAUAUGCCUCACAAUAAGAUGGUUCCACAGAGUCAAGGAGCAGCACAAUGGACUGUAGGAGCGGCGGUACCACCAAAGCAGGAUAUGACCCUGUCAACUGUAAAACCAUCAGGUUGGGAAGAGCCUUCUCCUCCAGCGCAGAGACGAGCUGUAGGUAAUUUUGAUGACGGUACAUCUUUAUGGGGUCAACAAGGCGCAACAAGACUUCCUGGUGUAUCGCAUUGGAAAGAAGCAGCAGAUAUACGCGGUAAUGCAAUGGUGAGGCCGAGUGCCAGUGCUGCUUUAGGACAACGCGUUACUAAAGAGAGCAUAAUGUGGCGAAACGGAUCAUGGGAUGAGGGUAAUACUGCAUGGGAUGAAAAAACUCCAACACAGGCUGGAGCAUGGGGUGGAGAUUCUUGGCAAAAAAACAAGCCUAAUAUGUGGCCAGAGGGCGAAAUAGAAUGGAACGCAGCGAAGACAACUUCUAAAAUAUCCACUGCACAGGUCGAUCUCAUGCGAAAUAGCAAACAAUUGCGCAUUCUCCAAGAAAUGGGAUUUAAGAAAGAGGAAGCAGAAGUUGCCCUCAGGGUGACGAACAUGAAUGUGGAUGAGGCACUAGAAAUGCUAAAUCAACAACGGGGUGCUGUAGAACCGUGGCGUCGUCAUGAUGAGCACAGCGGCUCCUUUGAUCCAACUUUUCCGGGUCGGUUUCCUACCAACCAGGCCACUAUGCAAUUUCCACCAACGUCAGCUGCCAUCCUUAACAAUAUGUCAUCUAUUCAACCGCUUCAAGUGCAGAAAUAUUUACAAGGCAGUCAUACAAAUCCACCACCUCCAGGAAACGGUGCUUCCUUUGCGCAGACACAACCACCUCCACCGCAAAGUAGCGGACAACCGUCCACUCAACAGUUACGUAUGCUCGUUCAGCAAAUUCAGAUGGCAGUGCAAGCGGGGUACCUAAAUCAUCAGAUUUUGAAUCAGCCGCUUGCCCCCCAAACACUACUGUUACUUAAUCAGCUACUGAACAAUAUCAAGCAACUUCAGCUGACCCAAUCAAACAUGACGUCGCGUAGUGGUAUGAAUGGUUUACAGCAUAGUGUAGCUGUAACAAAACUGAAGCAACAAAUAUCAAAUCUACAAAAUCAAAUUACGGCACAGCAAGCAAUUUACGUGAAACAGCAACAAAGUUCUCAUGCCAAUGCCGGUGACUUUGUAUUAAGGACACCACAUGAUCCAAUUGUAUCACUACAGGGAAAUUUUUCUGAAAUAACUCUUAAUAAGGAUCCGCAACCAUAUCAAGCCACAAUGACACAGCAAAGCCGUCUUAACCAAUGGAAAUUGGGUGCACUGGAGAAGGAAAGUGAUGCAACUGAUUUUUCACGUGCUCCAGGAACUACAUCCAAGCCAACAAUGUCGACCGCAAGUUCUACUAUGAGCAGCCUUGGGCUUCAAGGCGAUGGUACUUGGUCAACUGGUCGCAACGUAAAUGAUGGCUGGCCAGACGGAGGUGCAAUCGAGACAGAAAAUUCGAAAGAUUGGUCAACGGGCCAAACCUCACCGUCGGCCGCCUUUACUGAUCUCGUGCCCGAAUUUGAACCGGGAAAGCCAUGGAAAGGCACCCAAAUGAAGACCAUCGAAGAAGACCCUAGUAUCACUCCAGGAAGUGUAGCAAGGUCUCCACUUUCAAUAACAGCGAAAGAAAGCGACUUAUUUACAGGUAGCAGUAAGACGUCACCCACAGAUAUGCAACCAAUUAGCCUAUCUUCAUCAACAUGGAGUUUCCACCCUUCAACAUCGCAGCAGAAUUUCACGUCUACUGCAAAAUUAACUACGAAGAGCAAUAGUUGGAACGAUCACAUGGGACAACCACCGCAAACAACUAGUGAGCUAUGGGGUGUACCUGUAUCUAAAGCCUCACGUGGCCCUCCGCCAGGUCUAGGUGCUACUAAAGGCACUGUAGGCAGUACUACAUCCAACGGUUGGGUACCGAGCUCGCUGUCACGUGGAAUUGGUCAACAAAACUGGCCCAGCAAUAACUGGGGUCAUUCUACUUGGCUUCUACUCAAAAAUCUUACGCCACAAAUUGACGGUUCUACGCUAAGGACAUUGUGCAUGCAACAUGGUCCGUUGCAAAAUUUCCAUAUGUAUUUAAACCACAGCAUUGCUCUAUGCAAGUAUUCUAGCCGUGAGGAGGCACAUAAAGCACAAGUAGCACUAAACAAUUGUGUGCUGGGCAACACAACGAUCUGCGCCGAAUCACCGAGUGAGAGCGAAGUUCAAAAUAUCUUACAACACUUAGCCCUGCCCGCAGCGUCAUCUUCACAGACUUCCGGUACAACCGCCAGCACCAGCGUCUGGCGUCCCACCAAUCAACCUCCCACCGCUAGAAAUUCAGCUCCCAAUGACACUUGGGGCACGGGGUCAGUGUGGACGCAGAGCAGUGGUGGUAACAAUCUGUGGACACCUCUUGAGACUGGGACUGAGCGGGGAACACCGUCAAACCUGAAUUCAUUCCUCCCCGAAAAUCUUCUGGGCGGCGAACUGAACUGAGCUGACAUCGCACCUGCGUAAAUAUAGCCCAUCAACAUGAAAAUUUAAGGUAUAUAUUUUUAAAACAAAUUUAUAUGAAUAAUAUAAAAAUAAAUGAUGUGAAUAGAAGAUCAUCAUUUCAUGUCUUGUCCUUCCUGGAAAUUGUGUGUAUUAUUUUAUAUAUUUGUUACUCUCAAUUAUUUGAUAUGGUAAAGCGAACUUAAAAAGUUAUAACUAUAUUUAGUUUUUAGUACCGAGAAAUUUAGUAACAAACAGCAAAAGGAAACUUUAUAUAAAUGAUCGUUAGUUAAAAUAUCUUAUUCGCAUGUAUAUACAUUAUAUUUGUCAUAAAAAAGAAACUAAAUAAUUUAGACUUCAAUAAAGUCUGUAAAAAAUAAAGUAUUAUUUGAAUUAAAAGGAUAUGUGAGAUAAUAGAGUGUAUGGUGAAUCCAUACUAAAUAUAGAACACUUAAGCUAAAUAUAUUAUCUUAUGACGUGGAAAUUAUAAUUGAAAGAGUGUAACAUCUGAAGAAAUCUUGAGUAAGAUUGAUAAUAAGAAUCAAUAAGUAAAUUAAGCUAGCAUAAGCAUUUUUGUGUGCAGUAGAGGAAGAAGUCAAAUAAUGACUAAACAAUCAUUGGCCUUAAUGUGAUAACUGUGUGGUUGAAAACCAACUCCCCAAAGCCUUUUAUUUGUGUCUCUUAUUUAUAAAAAAAAUUAAGGGUGAAAUGAAAGAAAACAAAAUAAAAAGAAUUAGUGUAAAAAAUGUGCACUGAAGAUACUAAUAUUACAAGUAAUUCAUAUGGGUGAAAUUGUGGAGUAUGAAAAGACGUUUUGAUGUUUCAAACUAAUAAUGCAAAAAUUCAUACCUUUAAUAAGUAUAUAUAGUUUUAUGAUUUAAAAACAAAUUGAGAAAAAAAUAUUUCCUUUAGUAUUUUUAUAACAAUUAAUAAUAUGAAUAUUAUGUGAAUGGAAGUCUAGACAAAACGUUUAGAAAAGUCAAACAUUCGCAAUAUGAAAGGUUAUAUAUAUGUAUAUAUAUAUAUAUAUACACAUAUAUAUAUAUAUAUAAACUUUUUUAUCAUUCAAAACCAAGUUAAUUGUUCAUACAAGAAGCUCAAUUCUCUAUUAUGGAGAUAAAUGUAAAAAUUUAUGCGGCUUAAAUCGAGAACAAUGGAAAACAGUGAUCGACAUAUAGCCUAGCUAUAUUUUGAAAAAUCAUGUGGAAAGUGGAAUCAUUUUUUGUUUAUUGACUUCGCGGUUUAAUUCUCUUUUCAUAUGUAAAAACUGAAAUAAAAUUGUGAUCUCCCAUUUAUAAUUGAAUGACAAGAAAAAAUGUCAUAUAGAAGGUACAGGUUAAAUGGAGCAUGAAUCAUGAUAAGUACAUAACGGAAGAGAUGUGCGCAAUUCGUUGUCUUCCCAACCAUGACUAAUACCAGAAAAAUAAUAAAAAUUAACGACUUAUCAUAUUUAUUAAAUUGAAAUAUUAUCUGCGAAUCUAACUUUAUUAAAAUGGGACCUUAGUAAAUAAUUCUUAAUAAUAUCGUUUAGGACAAAAAAUACUAGGCGACUUUUCCCAUGAUAAAAUUGUAGCAAGAAUAUUUGUCCCAAUAAUUUCACUAAUAAGUUUGUAAGAAUUUUAAUUUAUCACACAUCUUUAAGAAGCGCGUUUUACUCUUUUUGUACUUUAUAAAUAUACACAAUCUUCAUUACUACUACCUUUUCAAUAUGAAAAGGAAUGUGAGAAUGAGAUAUAGUGGUUCAGUUACUAACUCUCGACACUACCAUCGUAUUAUCGAGUCCAUCUUAGGUUCAACUGUUUGGAAAUAUUUGGUCACCGAAUAGUGCAAGGAAAUUAAACCUUUCGAUAGCAACAAUGUAAACUUCCAUGAUGUAAAAAUUGUUAAUAUCGAAGGUUUUAAGAGAAACACACACUUUAGUGGAAUUGUUUCUUACUUGUUUCCUUUAUUUAUGUGUCGCUCCCAUUAAGGCACGAAAUGUAAGCAACAGGGUGUAGAGAGGAGUAGAAAUUUGAGCUGUGUCGUUACAAAUUACAAGUAAACGCUGAGAAGUUCACACAUAUUGUCAUUGAGGGACAGAGCGUCUUACGCCACGUUCUUUGGCGAUCUUCCACCAAUCUUCUGUAGCUCCGCAGCACUCCCGGUUGUCCCAACGCCUUGUGCACCACUUCUCUCCAAGUCGUUCAGGACUGUUCUUUCAGUCUGGUGCCCUUUAAUCAAAUUUCAAUAUUUUUUGGCUUUCUUUUGUCUGGCAUACUAUGAAUGUGAUCGGACCAGCUGAUUUGGCGCUUCUGAAUGGUGCUAACUAUGUUAUGCUCCUUGAUGAUUUCUCACACUGAUGUUUCAUACUUAUGAGAAAAUUCCGCAUUUCUCGGAUCCAAUAGACAGCCGUAAAGCCGAGUUAAUAUAGGUCUCUUAAAGACCGUUAGCGCUUGCUAAUCAACUUCAACUAACAAUGGGCCUCGACACAGUUCUACACAUUGUAAUUUCCUGUAACACGAACGACACAUCUUUUUACCUAUCUUUUCUUUACUGCUGAGUCUAGACAUUUGAAACUUUUGUCGAUCUGAUAAUUUGAAUCAUCAACCAAGACAUUCUAGUGUAAAUUCUGUGCUACUGUAUCGGUCACCAUGUAUUUCGUCUUCUGCUGUUUGACUUUAAAACUCAUGGUUUUCGAUUUGACAGCCAAUUUGACUAAGGUUACAUUGUCCGCCACCCCUUUGUGACCCAUUACAUUAAAGUCAUUCACAUAUGUGAAAAUUUAGAAUUACUUAUACUGCAUGCACUUUUGUUGAUUAUUCUCGGAAGAUCUCAUUACAUGUUCAAGGGUGAGAUUGAACAUGACGUGAGACAAUACAUUCCCCUGCCGUAGAUCAAAAUGUACAAACAAAAUAACCGAUACUGCUGUCACUGCAUUUUUACGACUGAAAUAUCGUCAUUUUUACCAACCUCAUCAGUUGCGGUUAAAUUCCAAAAUAUUGAAAGGCCACCCACAGUCUGCUUCUGUCUUUUUUUGUCAUGCGCCUGUUUGAAGUCUACAAACAACUUGUGCUGCGUUAGGUAAUAUGCCCAGUAUUUCCCCCGUGCCUGACACACAUUAAACAACUCGAUCUAUCAGCACAUAAAUCCGCCUAGUAUUCUCAAAACGUCUUCGCGGCGAACGACAUCAACCUAUUAAAUAGCACCAUAAAAGUUCUAUCGCUUUUAUUCUUAUUACUCUUGUUUAUUCGUAUAUUCAUGGCCAAAUUCCAGUCGUUCGACAUCCUCUUGUGAGUCCACACCUAACGGAUGAGCUUAUGAAUGCAAUUGUAUAGCUCUAAACUCUCUUAUUUCACCAGCUUGAUCAGAACAAUGUACUCGCCGGGAGCUUUAUAGUAUUUCAAGUCCUUUUUAGUAGUCAGAUAUUAUUUAUAUAAUCAUUAUUCACAUGUUUUUAUUCACAUAAAAAACCUAAAAUUGAAAUUUAGUAGGAGAUGAGUAUCAUAGAAAUGUUUUAAUUUACUCAGAGUAUUUAUGUUUUAAUCGCCUUCAGUAAAGAAUGUACUUAACAAAAAAGAACGAUGUGACAGACCAAGUUUAAACUAUCUUUUGAGGCACGUAGAUAACGUCUGUUAGUUGCAUUAUGUCUCUGGUUUUCCUCGAUUUGCGCUAAUACAAUAUGGUUGCGAUAAAAAUAUAAUACAAAUUUGUACAUUUAUCCCCCGGGGUUGUUCUUUGGUCCGCUUAAACUGCAACGGAACACUCCGUAACGAGUUUUAGCGUAAAAGGUAAACAUUAAGCUCCGUCAACAUUUUUAUCAUUUUCUUCUCGGAUCACCUGAACUUUGCACAAAGCACAAGUUGAAAAACGAUUGCUUCCUGCAAAGUUUCUGUUAACUCUGAUAUUGACCUGUUUAAAACUUAGCCUUCUGACCAAAUUAUUUAACAAAAAAGGCUAAAAUCUACACAAAGACGAACCGAUUAAAUUUAAAUAAAUUUUGCAUUUAUUUUUAUUUUCCAGUGAUAUAUAAAAUUCAAUUUUUUUUACUGCAGGUUCUUUCAAAUUGCUUCAUGUUUCCUUACAUAAUUGUGAAAAUUCUAUUUGUUAUAAUGAAAGAAAUAGAAUUUGGAUAAAAUAUUAUACGAUAACGUAUUCAAUGAAUUUUACAAUGAUUAAGAAAACUAAAUAUGCGCUCUAAGAUACAUUUACAGAACUCUAAAACGAUGUUCAUAGCAACUUUACAUGACGUGUCAAGUCGGACAGUGUCCCAAAUAAGGCUAUCUUUCCACGAAAAAGUCGAUGAAAAAUUUCAAUUUUUCGGGAAUUUUUUCUGUUUGUAUUUGAAAUGUUUAUGAUUAAAGAAAUAUUCGUAAUGAGCCAAUUGAAAAAUGUGUAGCUAAUAUAGAGUAACAGCGUCUACCGUAAUAUUGUUUUAUCAGUUCGCUAUUAUCUUUGAAAAUUGGUUUAGAAUAUUUUCGAAAGAUUUUUGGUCAGUAUCGCAACCAGAAUCAUUCAAACACUAAGCAAACUGUAACCUUUAUUCUUCACUUACAUAAACUUGGGUUCAUUUUUGGCCUAUAUACUCGCUCUACGCGACACAAGAGACUAGAUUUCAGUAGACAUCGUGAAUCACUUGAUCACUACUACACCUUAAGUUUUUAAGUGAGACUAUUCCGCAUAUCAUUUGUAUUCUGUUCUUUUUUUCUAGUCAUGUAAUUAAUAUUUCUGCACUUUGGAAGAUAGAUGGUUCAGUAAAACCUAUCAUGAGAAUUUGUUUUUUGAACUAAACGAUUUGGCCGAUAUAUAGGGAAGUUCAAAAAAAUUGAACUAUGAGAACCCAUGAAACAAGUCGGAAGCUAAGCGAUGUUUAGCUAUUCUUACAUAAGCCGUACUUAAUACUUUUUUUUCGCAAGGAUGCCCUUCACACCAUGUUGGCUAGUUGCAUUCAGCAACGAAGUCUAUUUUCUUUGAGACUAACUCUUAGACGCAGUAACGACUCUAUGAAAUAAUUUUCUUUUGGGUCUUGUGUAGUUUGAUUUUAUAAUAUUAAUAUCUUUACUUGUUUUGCUUCCAUAUCAUCGCAUCAUUCAUUAUUAGAAAGCAUGACGUAUAUGAUGUAAAAAAGAAUCUUUUCUACAACUCUUUGAGAAUUGGAAAUCGACAGUCAAAAGUCGAUGAAAGCUAUGGUAAGUUACAUAGUCAUGUAUACAAAGGCUGUGAAAAUUUAUAGUUCCAAUUCUCAAGCCUCACUUAUAAAUUCAGUAAUAGUAUUUUUAAAAGGGCAUAUAAAUUAUUCAGUAUCUUGUUUAAUUUUAAUCAUAACAUUAAUAAUGUUUAUUAUUGUUUAAUAUAAUCCUUAUGAUAAUUUCUAAAAUAUUUCCUAAAAUUUUAUAUAGUAUUGAAUGGUUCACAUUAUAACGAUCCAUUUCUUUGUAAUAUUCAAAUCGGGACAUUAAUAAACUCCUAAUUUAAUAUAUUGCAGACUUCUUAAAAUUAGUCCAAUAAUAUCAUCGAAUGUAACCAAAAUUAAUUAAAAAAAAAUAUAUAUAUAUUUUUGGUUUAAAUUUUGAAAUAUUUGAAAUAGUUUCAUCUUUUCUCUACUUAAAUUAUUCUUUUAGUUAACUUUUAACAUUGUGAUCAAAUUUUUUUGAUAAUUUUGAGUUGAUGUAACCACCCGGAUUUUUUUUCGAUUUUAGAACGUGACAUUUUUUAUAUGAAAGAAUUUUAUUCUUUUUUCUUCUAUAUUUCUUCCCUUUUUAUUCUAUGUAUAACAUUACCAUGAUUUAAAUGAGACGAUUCUAAACGCUUAUGCUUUACUUCCAAUCACUGCACACUUUUUCUGAUUUAUGAUAAAUAGAUAUAGGAGUAUCGUUCUUCUAUAGGCUCAGAAUUAAAUAAUGAAUGCAUUUAUAUAUCUCUCACACACAAACACUAAUAUAUGUUUAUAUAAUGAUUGUGAAACCAAUGGUGAGGCGCCUUCUCUGUUCCUAUAACUCAUUAAAUGAAGAAAAUAAAAUAAUAGGCAUGUAGCGGAAAACACAGAGAAAUAGAAUGGAGCGAUGAAAACACAAGAUACAAAAAAUAUAUGUCACUGGGCACUAGGCAAUAAGUCGUUUGCGCUUAAGGAAUCAGAAGGAGGGAAAAACCUCAAAAAUAAAGAAACACGGUGAAAAUAGGAUACAAGUGAAACAAAAUACACAAAAAGAAACCUUAUGACUGCUAUUUGAAUUUAAAUAUUAAGAGUAUGUAAGUCAUCUCAAAAUGAAGUUGUAGAAUUUAUUAUAGAAAAAUAUUAAUAUAUAAAAAAAAAUAUAAGGAUGACUAGGUAAGAAAUUUGAAAGAAAAAUGGUAAAAUAUUGAAAAUAGAAUUAGUUAUCGGUGUAGUUUUGAAAUAAAAAUGUACGUGGUAGAACAAAAAGAAGCAAAACAAGGAGUAGAAACUAAUGUGACCGUGAAAAUAGCUUUUUAAUUGUAUACAAGAAGAUAAAUAACUAGUUGUAUCUAUUGUUAUGUUUAAGCUUGACAUUUGUGACUUUUCCAGGGUUUGGGCGAAUAAUCAGUGAUCGCCACAGUUAAGAUGAUCUGUCAAUCCGCCAACAAGGCAACUAACUUUACUAAACUAAGACAAUUAUGGACAUGGAAAAAAUGUUAGACAGUCGAAACAAUAUAAUUAAAUGUCAUGCGAAGAUUUGAGGUAUAAUUUUAUCUAGAUAAGAUGAGAUUUAUGUUUACUAAUCCAAAAGCAACCAAGAACUAAAUAACCAAUAGACUUGAGUGAAAGUGCGUGAUAUGAAAAUUAAUAUUUUAUCACUUAGAAAAUAGAAUUAGAAUCAUGCAAGGAAAAAUAGAAGACGAUAGAAACUGACUAGACUACAUUAAGUCGAUUAGAUCUUAACAAUGAAGAACUCUAUUAAUAGGGCAGACAUGAAACAGAAGCUAUUUCAAUUAGAUUAUAAAACAUUGUUUAGAUGUAUGUAACUGAAGACAAGUGAGCACAGAAGUAUAACAUUUUGUAGCACGAGAGAUCUGUCAUAAAUCAUUAGCAGUAACGAAUCUCUCACCGUCUCGCCAAAAAAUUAAAAGUAAUAAAAUCUCGCCAAUAGUGUUUAAAAUAAAGAGUGCGAUAGGAAUAAUAACUAUAGCAACAUGUGUGCAGGAAUAAUUAAAACAUAUUAAGUUGCAAAAACAAGACGAAAAUAAGAAAGUAAUAAAAUAAAUAAAAUAAAAUAAUAAGGUGAACGGAAUAUAAUUUGCAACGGAAAAUAAUCAAUGUAUUUGAAUUAUACUCAUGGUGUUCUUCAGCAACAAAAAAUGCAACUGUAAUUAAUUACUGAUUAUAAAGAAAAUAAGAGAUGAAAAUAAAAUUUUAAUAAAA